UCCAACAUUCACCACCCUAACCCAUCAAUACAAUUACAAUCUUUUUCUAUCAUUCAAACUCAACCAUGGCUUGUCUAGUGUUGUUUGCUGUUUUUGGGUCUUUGGCAUUGGCUGCAUCAGCUGGUGAUCUCAACAAAGAUUUUGAGAUCACAUGGGGUGAUGGUAGAGCUAAGAUGCUCAACAAUGGAGAGCUUCUUACUUUGUCUCUUGACAAAGCUUCUGGCUCUGGUUUUGAGUCUAGGAACGAGUUCAUGUAUGGCCAAAUCGAUAUGCAACUCAAGCUUGUCGCUGGCAAUUCUGCUGGAACUGUUACUGCUUAUUACCUAUCUUCAAAAGGGUCAGAUUGGGAUGAGAUUGACUUUGAGUUCUUGGGGAAUUUGAGUGGUGAUCCUUACAUUCUUCACACCAAUGUGUUCAGCCAAGGCAAAGGCAACAGAGAACAACAGUUCCACUUGUGGUUUGACCCAACUGCUGAUUUCCACACAUACUCUAUUCUUUGGAAUCCUAAGCACAUUGUAUUCUCUGUGGAUGGAACUCCCAUUAGAAAGUUCAAGAAUUUGGAGUCAAUGGGUAUCCCAUAUCUAAAGGACCAGCCAAUGAGAAUCCACUCGAGCCUAUGGAACGCUGACGAUUGGGCGACAAGGGGUGGUUUGGUCAAGACUGAUUGGAGUAAGGCUCCUUUCACAGCCUCAUACAGGAAUUUUAAGGCCAAUGCUUGUGUUAAGGCUUCUUCUUCUUGUGCUGCGAAAUCUCAACCCUGGUUCAACCAAGAAUUGGAUUCAAGAGGCGAAAAGAGGAUGAAAACUAUUCAAAAGAAGUUCAUGAUUUACAAUUAUUGCAAAGACACUAAAAGAUUUCCUCAAGGAAUCCCUAAAGAAUGCAGCAUGGCCUAAAACAAGGACUAGUUACUACUACAUAUCAUUCUAUGUCUUAUUCAAUAUCCUUUAUUGUAAUUCAUUCAUUAUAAUCUGCAUUUGAUUUGUUUUGAAUAAAUAAAAAUAUUCUUUUGUUUUGUCUAAUAA